UAGUCGGGGAGCUUCUUUUCCCAGUAAAGCACUGGGAGAGAUGGUUGCGGGUGAGAGGGAGUUCCUGAAGGAGCGAGCUGCUGCUUGAGAAGGAAAAGCUCCACUGACGCACUGGAAUGUUUCAUCUUUUCGGUUUAUGAAAGUAAAUCCCAGUCUGAGUGAGGUUCGGAACUGUGUGCGUGUUGAGCGGCGGUUCCGGAGCGACAUGGCCGCGCAGCGCGUCCCUCUGAGCGGCUGCUCUCAGCACUCUGACCCGGGCUCCAACAGCGAGCGGAGCGCUGACUCCCCUCUGCCCGCCUCGGAGAGCGACUCGAGCGGCCACGUGUCUCCGCCCGACCCGGACUGGACCGAGGAGAGGUUCCGUGUGGACCGAAAGAGACUAGAAACCAUGUUAUUAGCAGCCAGUGAAGGGCGAGUCAUCGGAGGAGAGAACUUUUUCCAAAAGAUCAUGGACGAAACAAGCACUCAGAUCGCUUGGCCUUCCAAACUGAAGAUUGGAGCAAAAUCCAAAAAAGACCCUCACAUUAAGGUCAGUGGAAGGAGAGAUGACGUGAGAGAAGCGAAAGAAAGGAUCCUGUCUGUUCUAGACACAAAGAGUAAACGUGUGACACUGAAGAUGGACGUGUCCCACACGGAGCACUCGCACGUGAUCGGGAAGGGAGGGAACAACAUCAAACGUGUGAUGGAGGAGACAGGCUGCCACAUCCACUUCCCCGACUCCAACAGGAACAGCCAGGGGGAGAAGAGCAACCAGGUGUCUAUAGCAGGGCAGCCAGCAGGAGUGGAAACAGCCAGGGCGAAAAUCCGGGAGUUGAUGUCAUUGGUGUUGAUGUUUGAGUGCGGGGGAUUUGUCGAGUCCCUUGAUCUCGGCUCUCCAGUCAUCCAGCACAUCGCACAAUCUUGUGGCGUCACCAUUACCUGCAAACCACCCUCCCAUAUCUACAGCAGCACCGCCGUUGUCCGUGGCAACCAAAGCAAUGCCGCAGCAGUCAAGCGUGGUGCGGCUCUGCUGCUGGAUCACCUGGCUGGUUCCAUGUCUGGCUCCGUAACGAUCAGCACUCACCUGGACAUCGCGCCUCAGCACCACCUGAGCCUUCUGGGCCGAAACGCCGCCAACCUCAAACACAUCAGCCAGCGCACCGGCGCCCACAUCCACUUCCCCGACCCCAGCACACCCUCACACACUCACACUCACACACGCCGCUCCAGCGUCUACAUUCAGGGCAGCAUCGAUGCGGUGUGUGACGCCAGGCAGCAGCUCAUGGGCUGCUUGCCACUAGUUUUAAUGUUCGACAUUAAGGAGGAGGCUGAUAUCGAACCCCAGUGCAUCGCGACUCUUAUGGAGCAGCUAGACGUCUUCAUCAGCAUUAAACCCAAACCCAAACAACCCAGCAAGUCUGUGAUCGUAAAGAGCGUGGAGAGAAAUGCGGCGAACAUGUAUGAGGCACGCAGGCUGCUCCUAGCUCUGGAGAGUGCGUGCGGAUCUUCUCCGAGUCCCCCCAUUUCUUCUCCUUUUCCUCUCGGUACCACCAGCGUCCCUGUGAAUGAUCACGGCUCCUCCUCGUCACUCCUCAACCCUGUUGGACUGGACGUCUUGGCCUCAGCUGGACUGGGACUAAGCACUUUGGGCCUCUUGGGUUCCCCAGACCUUCCCGCACAUAACGGCUCGUCUGAUCCUAACCCGGUUCUGAACGGGCAUGGUUCCGUCCCAAAUGGACCUAAUGAUGUAGUUGGGACACUACAGAGCAGCAACCAUACACACGCCCUGGCUCCAUUACAGGGGCCUUCACUCUGGACCAACACUCACACUACAUCAGCCAACACUGCAGGGUUCUCCUCUGUGCUGAUGUUGCAGUCUGUCUCUCAGGGUUCUCUCAGCGGUCUGCUGUUGUCCGGAGUCCAUGGUUACAGCCAGAAUUACACACAGAGUCCAUCUCUCGCUCACUCGCAUACUCAUACGCACACUCCUUCGCCCCCACCAGGACUGGCACCAAUCCACAAACCAGUGAGCACAGAACAACUCAAAACACACAUGCCUUCUAUGUACAGAGGGAUUUCAUCCGUGUCACUAAGUGAAUCCAUGCUUGGCCCCACCCAUUGUGACCCAGCACAGGAAGUUAAUGGACACAGCCAAUCAGAAGCUCUUUCAAACAAAUCUAGCUCUGAUGAAGGCUCAGACACGUUUGUCGAAGUGGGCAUGCCCAGAAGCCCAUCCCACUCAGCCAAUGGGAGCGAACUGAAGCAGAUGCUGACGUCCUGUACGGUGUCGUCAGGGAAACGGCAGGCUGUAGAACUGCUCCAAGGCACAAAGAACUCUCAUCUCCGAUCAGAGUGUCUGCUGUCGGAUUCCGAGCCUGACGCAGUCGCUGAUAAGAGAGCACCAGGCAGCGAGAGAGCAGCAGAGAGGAACAGACUGGCCCCUCAUAUACAAGCCUAUGACUACGAACAGAAGAAGCUACUUGCCACUAAAGCCAUGCUGAAGAAGCCAGUAGUGACUGAGGUUCGGACCCCGACCAACACAUGGAGCGGACUCGGUUUCUCCAAGUCUAUGCCUGCAGAGAGCAUCAAGCAGCUCCGCAGAGUCAGCCACACAGCUUACAAACCCACUGUUAACACUACGUGUCCUCUCUCCGUACCAUGCAGCAGGGAGACUCCGAGUAGCGACGCCGACGGUGAGAGCUGGUGCACAAGAAACGGAAGUUGUGUAAUGAAUGGUAAUGGAGCAACAGCACACACAUUCCCUUCCACCAUCAGCGCGCCGGAGAGGAACAAGAGCAGGACCGCCAUGGAUCAGUACCUGAGCAGCAGUAACUACAUGGAGUGUAUCUCGUUCAUGGGUGGCAGUAAGGUGUCGUCUCUGAGCUCCUCUCUCAAAGGUACAGACUUGCCGGAGCUCUUCAGCACGCUGGGACUGGGCAAAUACACCGACGUCUUCCAGCAGCAGGAGAUUGAUCUGCAGACGUUUGUCACGCUGACGGACCCAGACCUGAAGGAACUUGGAAUCACGACGUUUGGAGCCCGUAGGAAAAUGCUGCUGGCCAUCUCAGAGCUGAAUAAGAACCAACGGGAGCUUUUCGAGCCUUCGAACAUGCGCACGUCGUUCCUGGAGGGCGGAGUCAACAGCCAUCUCACGCGACACUUCCAUGCCGACGUGGCGAGUGUGAGCGGGCGCUGGUGACCGGAAAAAAGGCACGACGAUAAAAUCUACCUCUGUGGUACUAGUUGACGGUACCUCUACAUGGACUACACACCUUCCCCUUUCUAAUGUGGAGAUUCCGAUCAUGUAGAGCAAAUCAUUUUCUUUCCGUUCAAUCAGGCUGGAUAAUAUGGAAAGCCAUAAGGGUCAGUAUGGUCCAUUUGUUAGCCAAAACUGCCACAAGUGCCAAAAAAAAACAGAACCCGUUGACUAUCCUCAGAGGUAGGGGAGGGAUGACUGGAGAAGGGGAGGGUUGGCUGCUACUUAAAAGUUAAGUGUGUAAAAUGGUAAACUGACGCAGUGUUAUUAACUGAAACGGUACUUGUUUAUUGUAAAGAAGCAGGCACACGUGGUCACGUUGACUUUGGUACUCCUGCCUUCUCUGGCACAUUGAAGUAUCAGUAUUAAGCACUUUAAAGAAAGCUUUUACGUAUGUGUGCGUGUGUGUGUGUGUGAAUCCAGUGCCAAAGCACUUCCCAGCCAUCAGUGUUCAAAGUUCAUAGGUCACAGUUCAUGCUCAAGGCCUCGUUGAUCGCUCAUAUUGGUGUUAUUCAUUGUUAUAAAACUGCACUUACUCCAAUGUAUAUUUAAAUUUUUUUUUUACUAUAAACAUUUUCAUUUUACGUAUGUACUUUUCCAUAAGAAGCAUUAGUUUACAUUUUUUAUUCUCUCCUUGUUUUUUUUAAUCCCAUUAUGCCUCCAGAUUUUUCCAGAACAAAAAAAAUGUACCACAAUAUAUCCAUGAUUAAAUUCAUGAUUUUUUUAUUUUUCCUUUUCCAUAUUACUGUGAUUUUGUUUAUUUAAAAGGGAAGCAUUCUGUCGUGAUUUAGUAUUUGACCAGCAAUUCAGUCUUAAGUAUUCACUCAGGGCUUUUGUUACGGGAUCCAAAAUGAUCUUGAUUAACUCAAGAAUCUGUGACAAACACGUCACAGUGAAUCAAAAACUCAUACAGGCCCUAUUUCAAGUUUCGCCUACAAAAAGAGAGGGGGAAAAAAAUCAAAUUUACGCUUUUAUGGACUUUCCUUUAACCGCCAAAGUGAAGAAGCUGGGAUGCGUGGGGAUUUUGCACUAAAGCUAUGAGGCUCACAGUAGAUGAUAUUAAAGCUGCAUAGAAGUCUCACUCACCAACAAGUCUUUAGGCUCCAUGAUAUCAUUGAUUUAAAAAAAAAAAAAAAAACACGUUUAUACAAACUAUUUAUAAGAACCUUCUAGUACAAUUGUACGGAAGCCGCGAGAGGCCCUUCAUAUAAUCCUUUUUUUUUAUUCACCUUGUU